AUGUUCAUUUUAGUUGAUAAAAUGCAUCUACUAUUAUUGUUGACGAUAACUUCAUAUGCCCAUGCGCGGUAUGUCGACAACAAUUGCUCUGGUGUCAUUCUUCGUAAUGUGAAUCACGAAAAAGAAGUUUUGAAGGCAGACGUAGGUAGCCCUUACCAGUUGGCCAUGGAUUACGAUACUAACACUCUAUUUUUCAGCUAUUCGACGGAAGAUGAGAACGUUUUCAGAUCUGCCUUUAUAAAUCUUAAGACAAACGAAUUCGCUAAUAUUCCUGGUGUAUCUGGAGGUUUCGCGAAUGCAGUAGAUAGCAGAAAACAUAUUGUAUACAUCGGAGGAAGAGAUGGUAUUUAUAAAUUUGACUACGAUACUAAAACAGCUAGACAUCAAUACACCACAGACAACAUUUGGCAACUAUUCUAUAAAGACAGGUUGUACUAUUCGAGAUAUCCGGAUGAAAAGGCAUUCGUGUUUACUGAUGGUGAUUUCAAAUUGGUCCCCGAACUGGCUGAUACACGAGCAAUGCUGCUAAGCGUAGACAAUUACGAGAACAUCUACUUCUCAAAUUCGUCGGGUUUGUUUGUUCAUAAAAAAGGCAACGGCGAAGUAAUUAACAUAGGAGAGUUUGGAGUAAAUGGCUUUACAACUGAUUUUAAUGGUAACGUUUACUUCUCUACACCAAAUGCUAUUUACAAUAUAGAUGUUAACGAGAAGAAAGUAAAAAGAGUAGCAGCAGUAGAUAGCAUCUACGGGGUAGCAAUUGAAAGUGAUGGUGGUAUAAUUUACGCGUCUCACGAUAGCGUGAUAAGGUUAAAAUCAACUGGAACCGUCUGUCCGGGAACUGACGUUGAAAAUGUUUCUUUUUAA